CUGCACACCCACGCUAAAUCCCUCCUACUCCAGAUAGUCCAGGGGUCAUCGAGGAUGAAUCUUGAUUUUUGGACUGCAUGCAUAAGUAGAGAGAGUGUCUUCUUCAGUAAAAGAUGGAGGAAGACCCAGAACGCGACAUUGACGAAAUCAUUCAGGAGAUGGAUUACAUCCCCGGGCACUUCCACCUGGAACUGAAUUUAAACUUCGAGUCUUUCCAAGGCGAGAGGCUGAGGCGGAGAGACGCGAAGCUGAAACGGGAGAGCCUGCAGCUGGAGGCGGACGAUGGCGCUCAGCGCUUCGCUGUGCGGAACCUGCUGGGGGUCUUCGCCUUCUACCUGGACGAAUACCCGGAAGCCGAGGGGAUCUUUUCCAGCGUGUGCCAGGAGGAGCCGGGCAACCUCAACGCCUUGGCCAACCUGGGUUGUGUGUACGACCGGCUGCAGAAGGAGGCGCAGGCGGCGGAGUGCCUGGAACGGCUCUCCCAGCUAAUGGCUGGGGGAGAGGGGGUAGAGACCGAGUCCCUGCGGCCGCUCCGUGCAGCCAGGUGCCUGGCUGAACAGGCCUAUGCCAGCGCCUUCGAUGUGGGGCUGCAGAGCGAGGAGGAACACGCUACGAAGCUGAGCACAGCCAUCAGACUCUAUGAUAAAGCCCUGCUUUAUGGCAAGAACAUGAUAACUUCAGAAGAAAAAAGGAGUUGGUAUUUCACAAUGGCCAUCAUGUACAUUAGACUGGAUGGAAUAUUAAUGAACGAGGAUCCCUACGCUUCUGAGCGACUACUGUUUAUCAACAAAUCAUUAGUAUUACUACGGGACGUUCUGAAGUCUGACAGUGCUCAAUAUAGAGCUCUUGCCUGGUGUUACUUGGGAAUGACGCUGGAGCGGAUGGACAUCUUCCCUGAUACUCCAAUGGCAGUUCAUGACUGUGGAUUCUCUGGGACUGAUCCACUCGACUGUUAUGGAAAGGCUAUUGAAACGGCAAAAACUGAUCCAUUCAUUCUGAAUCGGCUUGCUAAAGUUUUUCAUUUCCUUGGGAAACAAGACAUGGCAACCGGUAUUUGUAACAUGGCCUUGACUAUUCUUCCAGACCCAGGAACAAAUUGGCAAGCUUAUAGCACAAGGGCGAAGAUUAAUAUAAAACUGUACACACAAGACCUUGAGCGGGUGAAGAUGGGUCACAGUGGAGUGCCAGACAGGCAGCUGCUAAACAAAGCAAAAGCCGAUUUAGAUUUAAUAUUGUCUGUGUGCCCCUGUCUAAAGACAUACCUGGAUAUGGGACAGGUUUGUUACUACAUGGGGGUUGAUGCCGUGCAGGAACUCCAGUUGGUGGAUGAAAAUGCACUAAACAAUGCUUUAGUUUUCUUUGCCAAAGCCAUGGAGCUUGACUUGGGAGACACGCUGCCAGAGAUCCAGUUGCUGAGAGGGAAGUGUUUACAGGUCAAAGGAGAGGAACACAAUGCAGUUGAGUGCUUCAAACAAGCAAUUGAACUUGAUGAUGUAGGAUCCCAGUACUCUGAGACAUUCCGCUGCCUCAUUGAAUCACUAUUGUCUCUGUUUAUCCAGGAGAAAUCCAGUGAGGAAAUGGUUAUCCGUGAGGUUGAAAUUUGGGUAGAAAAAGCUGAGGCAAAGUAUCAAAUGGAGAGAGUCCGACGGGAACUACGCUCAAUUUGUCGAAACCAUAUGCCCAAGAUUUUGAAACUUGCCAGAGCUAUGAUCAUAUCUGGGAAGCUGCGAAUAGUAAAAUUACUUCUGGAAACAAUGAAUCCUGAUCACACCUGAGUUAGCAAGAUUUUGGUUAAGGAGUGAGUUAUUUAAACACUUCCGUUAUUUGUCUUUAAAAACCCACUACUUAAGGGUCUCUGUUGAUAAACUUUGCCUUUUGUGUGGUGUUUAAUCAGAUGGGACAAAUGUUUAAUGAUUAGAGGCUAAAUUGCAAUCCAAUCUCAUCUUUUCACCAUCAUUUUGCCUUUUUUUUUGGCUGAGCUGCAAAAAGGUGUACUUGGUGUAAAAUACCAAGUAGGUGACAACAAAACUUCGAUUGGAAUAUGAUUCUUCAAAAGAGAUUUGUUCAACUGCUAUUGAUCAGUCACCAGUAUCUCCUAACCAUAUUAUGCUUACAAUGUUUUUAGAUACACUGUUGUCCGGGAAUGAUCAAUGUGACCUUGAUAGCACCUUCCUGACGAAUGUCGGAUCUUUCUGGUUUUCUGGAAUUCCGUGGCAGAAAUAUUUAAUGUAUAAGUCGUCAGUAAAAUGCUAUUUUACUUUCAAACACUGGUAUAUCAGGCAUUGUAUUGGUUAAUUGAAGGAUAAUGCACAGCGUACUUUAUCCAACAAUGUGACUCAAUGUAACACCAAUGGAACAUCUACCACAAUGCCAGACCAUUUCCUACACAAGCCACCUCGGAAUCUGUUUGAGAGAAAUAAUUGAUUCAGAAUGAGUAUGUGCUGAGCUUUAAGUAGUUUUGUGCUGCAGUCUGCAUCAAGACUGCUCUAGACUCAUUCUGCUCUGACCACUAUAACUGGCAGAGAACAGUUUUAUUGCAGUUCGUGGAGAUGAAAGAGGGUUACCUUAAUCAGACAUCACCAACUUCGUCGUCUCACUGUUUAAUAGCAUGUGUUGCAUUAAUAUGCUAUUAACAUAAUAGCUGGGAUCUCACACUGGUAAUUCUGAUUGGUCUGUUGUUCAUUGAUUUUUUUUUAAAAUUCUAAACUUUUCAUACCCCGCAGAAUCACAGCUAACUCAUAAGACUGUCCCUUUUCUGGUUUAUUAGGUUUAAACUGCUUACUUGCAAAGCAGUAAUUGUAUGAAAUUUAAAAUUAUAGCAAUGUGACUGAGUGAGUGAGUUGGUGCACUUAUUGUGCUCAAUUAAUUUUAUGAUAAAGUGAUUCAAACACCAGGACCAGAUACUUGUGAAAAUAAAGGCUUGAGGCUAACUCUUCUUCAAGCACAGGGAAUUAUUGAUCCAGUGAAAAUGUACCCGGCUUCCCCAGGUGUGAUGAUCUGCUUCAGUGACAGCUUUGCUGACAAAGUGGGUCCUUGAGACAGCUUCUGCCGUGUCUUCGGCGACACGGUGGUCCUGCCUGAGAUUUGGCAAGUUUGAUGUCAGAUUUCUGCAGUGAUGGAGAAUGUGAUUCCUCUUUUCUCCUCAACCUUGGGAACCCAUGAGCUGUGAAGUGAACAAAGGAGGACUUUGUCUUCGUUUCUUUUAAUAUACAAUUUCUGUUAUUCAUAUUGGUGCUGGAGUAUGGUGACUUAAACGCUCCUCAUUGGUUUUGUUUUGUAAAAAUAGAGGU